GCGGGCCUGGGGCAGUGAAAAGUAGCUUGGCGCGAAUAGUAAAAUUUCGGGCGCCAAAAUCACAACUAAAAUCCCCUUAUAAGAGAAUGAGCCGAGAGAAAUGUGAUCCAUGAAAAGCGAAUUCUCUCGAGAAGCAGUCCUCUAUGGAACCAUGGGAGAGAAACGGGAUCCAGAGCGCCAAGAAGACGAAGACCUCGCCGGCGCCGCCGGUGGCCGCUCUAGGCGAUGAUCUCCUGGGCGAGAUCUUCCCCCGCCUCCCCGACAUGGCGUCGCUUGCCAGCGCCGCCCUCGCCUGCAAGAGCUGGGGCCGAGUAGCCCGCGUCCCAGCCAUCUACUGCCGCUUCCAGUCCCUUCGCAGGCCCCCACUCGUCGGCUUCAUCCUCACCGACCGCAGCGACAUGCCCGUUCCUCACCACCGCCAUAACCUCCGCUUCAUCCCCGCCAAAUCCCGUAAUCCUGAUGUGGUCUCCGCCGCCGUUGACGGCGACUUCUUCUUCGAAGACCUCCCCGACAUGGAUUCGCAUGACGACGACCAAGGGAACUACUACGACGAGUGGCGCCUCCGCGGCUGCGACGGCGGCCUCCUCCUCCUUUCCCGCGGCCGCUAUGCGUUGGAUCUCGCCGUGUAUGACCCCCUCGCGCGGACGGCCGUCUUCUUCCGACCUCCACACCCCUGGCGCUAUUCGUCCCACAUCGUCCGCUACGCCAUCUUGGCGGACGAUGCCGACGCCUCGUUCCGGGUCAUCGGCAUGGCGCACUGGGCCAGGUCACGCGCCGCCGUCUUCUCCUCCCACACCCGCGAAUGGGACAUGUCUGAGACGCCCGAUACGAACCGUGCGGCGUAUAACUUUACCCCAUGCUGCGGCGACGGCAUGCCCGCGGGCCGCUACGUGUACUGGCGGUCGGACACCAAGAAGUCCCAGUACUGCAAGGACGACGAGAAGAUCUUGGUGCUGGACAUGGAAGCAAUGGCGUGGUCGGUUAUCAAGCUGCCAUUCCCUGCUGGCGAAUCGUACUGUGUCGCGGACAUGGCGGAGCACGGCGGGCUCUGCAUUGUGUCCAGCAAAGAGCAGUGCGUACAGCUCUGGGUCCGUGGCAGCAAUGCUGAGUGGAGGCUCAAGAAGGAGGUUUCGUUGCUGAGUCAGUUUGGAUACUUGAAGAAGCUUCGUCGUGAGGAGUGGAUGAAGCGCGUGCGCAUCCUGGCAAUGAAGGCCGGCUAUGUGUACAUGGAGUUUUGGUCCAUAAGGAAGCCCCAUUCAUAUCUGCCUGUGCUAAAUCUGAACACCACAAAGCUGGAAUUAUUCCCCAACAAGUCGACUGAGCCUCACAGAGGUCCUGCGUUUCCGUUCUUCAUGCGGUUGGCACCUCUGCCUGCUCCAGACGAUGAUAAGAAAUUUCAAGGUGCUUGAUACAAUGGAGUCAAGUUGUUACUUCACCGAUGUCGAGUUAACUAGAUCAUAAGAGCGUCAUCCAGAUGUCAGUUUGAAUUGGAAUCAUCGGAAGCUGAUAGAACAACCAUCUUUUGUCUUGCAAUCUCAGUUUUCACAUGGAAUGUAGACAUGCCAGUAUAACCUUGCUAUGACAACAGCUGCUGCGUUGUCUGAAUUUAGUCUUUUUCCAGUUACGUUACCUGUUUGAUGUUAGUUUUAAUCAAACUUCCUAUUUGAACUAAGAUGGUUUUAUUUAAUUUCAGUCUUACUGGUUACUGCUGUGUAGUAGAGUUCUGCUCUCUAUCUUUUCAUAUAUAUAUGCACUCUUUAUUA